GAUCCUUCGCAGCCCACGUUCGGUGUACACAAAUCACAUCUCACUCAAUGCAAUUUGUAAACACGGCCAGGGAAGCUUGAGUGGCAGGCUUACUGGCAUUGGCGAGCUGGGCCAAGCCCGGCGGCUAGAAGUAUUUAUCGUCGUCUCUCCCGCGUGGCGUUGCCCCCCUCCCGUGCGAUCUCCGUCCCUUUUCUCCGUCUUCAGAAACCAUCGUGAACGAUGCACCCUCCGCGCUGGUCUCUCGCAACCGGCAUCUUGGUCGGGCUAGCAUCCGGCCAGCAGUGUUACUGGCCCAACGGCAAUGACGCGAGUCUUGUGGCUUGUCCCGUCGCCAACGGCACGGCGGCCGCGUGCUGCUUUGCGGGCCACUACUGCAUGAGCAACGGCGUCUGCUUCUCCAACACCGAAUUGAGCUUCUACCGUGGCGCCUGUACAGCCAAGGACUGGUCGACAAGCGGUUGCCCGACGUAUUGCGACAAAGAAGAUGUCGCGGGCGCUGUCCGGGGCGCUCACGCCGGCAUUGCGAAAUGCACCAACAAGCAGUAUGCGUGCCAAUCAACGAGCAACUGCGCAACCGACAGCUUCGAAGUGCCCGCAGGAAACAUGCUGCCGAACCUGUACUUGAAAUCGGAUAUUGGUGUCAUCGCGACCGCCUCCACAGCCAGCACAGCCGGCACGGCUCCCGCAACCGCGACGGGGACGGCGGCGACGAGCGUCGGCGACGGCGCCGGCGGAGCCACCGAAGCGACAUGCACAUCGACGCCGGCGGACGCGGCGGCCAGCAGCGGAAUCUCAACCGGCGCGGCGGCGGGCAUCGGCGUCGGCGUUGGCGCUCCGCUGGCUCUCGCCGUCGGGCUGCUCACGGUCCUGCUGCUGCGCGAGAAGAAGAAGACGAGGCAGGCGUUGUCGAGGCCGGUGUACUCCGAAAUCGCCCCGACUUCGCCGUGGGCGAAAUCCGAACACACGACUUACGCGCCGGUUGAGAUCCCAACCCAGGCACCGCCACCCGAACUGCCCAGCGACCACCGUGGUAGACACGAGCUUUCCUGAAAGGAGAGAGCCCUGGGGUCGUACAUGGUUUCAGAAUUGGAUUUGACCAAGGAGAGAGAGAGAGAGAGAGACAGAGAGAGAGCUGAGAAUGUGUGGGACGGACAACCAUGGCAUGUGUUGGGCAGGGGAGACAGCACUCGUCCGGCAUGCGAUCGAAUGGUGUCACUGCAGACCCCACAAGAGGCCAUCGUCCGCGGCUUUGUAGAUAUGGAAAUGCGACGGACUAUAUGAGACUGUCAUGAUAGCCUUACAAGGACUCACUACUACCCAAGCCACUAUAAAACACAAUUUAGGGUUGAAAGCCUCACUUAGAUAAUACAUGACACUUUCAGCCAAUG